GCAACGCGAUGAGAAUGAAAUCGAAACCGAUUCAUCGGGCAACGAUAGCCAAAGGCCUUCAAGUGAUCGUUUUGAUGGCUAUCGUAGCGCAAGUUGCAUGUGACGUCAUGAUCUGUAACUACGAAAAAUUCGACCUGUAUGACAGCAGUUAUCAGAAGAAAACGGACGAUUUUUGUGUUUUUAAGGAUGUGUUUCUGCAAAGUGAUGUCCGGUACAUGGACUUUAUGGCGAAUAGUUUGGACUACAGAAAAGUUGCAUUCAUCAAUUCCAAGUUCCCAUUCGUUCCACCGUCGUUGUAUCGGAAUUUCGAUGACGUUCGAGAACUUUAUGUGCGCAGGUGCAUGAUCGAUACACUAAGGAUUACCCGAUUGAUCGAGAAAAUGUACGCCGGAUACAAUCAAAUCACAUCCAUUUUGAUUGACGGAAACGGAUCAAAUAACUUACGGGAGCUCUACUUGGAAACUAAUUCCAUCGGUGACAUAUCAAAUCUGACCAAUCUCCCAAAUAUGGAAGUACUAGUGUUAGAAAAUAAUCCCCGAAUAGGCAAUACUGAUUUUGCAAUGUUCUCGCGAAUGGUUAAUCUCUGGAAGUUGGAUCUGGAAAAUACUGGAAUGACUAAAAUUAUUAACAGUCUCAAAUUGAACCUAAACGAGCUGGUGCGCCUCGAUUUAUCCAACAACCAGCUAAGCUACAUCGAUAUGCAGUUAUUUCAAACAUUUCCGCAUCUGGAACAUUUGUGGCUCAACGGAAACCGCAUUUACUACAUGGAAUUUGAACCGAUCCGUACAUUCGUGCCGGAUAUCCGCAGCAUUGUGAUCGAUGACAAUUACUGGGGAUGCCAGCAUCUAGCGAUCGUCAGUAAAUAUUUUCUCGAGAAUGGAGUGAUCAUUCGGACCGGAGAGUGCAAAACCCGGGCUGUUCAUAAAGUGUGCUGUGCAGAUACCACCGCUUUGAUUGACAACCGCUACAUUAUUGAAAUGAAUAUCAAAACCCAGAACCGGUUUAACCGUGAAAUCGAAUCUCUCGAGAAGAGCAAUUUCCAGCUGCAGCAAAUCGUGGAAAGCAUGCGGACGCAGCUUAACAGCUUGAUCCUGAACUAUACCAUUACGAUGGUAGGCAACAAGGAUUCUCCGAUUCAGGACGAUUCCUCGCCGGCCUUGUCAGAAUCAGUGGAAGAUUAUUCGUACGAGAAUGACGAAGAAGAACGGCACGGUCAUGCAGCGUUCCAGCAGGAUGCCACCACGGAGGAAAGUAGUGAGGAGCAAAGUGCGACUGAUAAUGUUGCCCAAAGUGAACGCAAUAGUAUUGACUGACGGAGACUGGACCGGACUAGAAAUGUUCUAGCAAAGUGAACGAAAUAACGUGAACUUAGUCAACUUUCAGGUAGUGUGCAAAGCGAUAAUUAUGAAAUGUGCAAUCAUUAUAAAGUGGUGUUGAUCAACGUAUAACAAAUUUACAAUAAGAAAAUAUGACUUAGAAAAUGAAACUGUGCUUCUCGUAAUCAUGUGAGACAUUUUUGCGUACAUCUAUCAUCAUGACUACUGGAACUUUAAGAAUACGAGAUUCAAGAUUGCUCAUCACACGCUUGGAAGCUCUGGCCAUAUUACGGGAUACAAAAGUCAUGUAUUGGAACGCAAAUGAUUAACGAAUAAUUUACCUGAGUGCUAGUUUGGACAAUAAUGUUCAAAAGCAGCGUCACGACUCUGAUAAAAGUAUACACUCCAAAUCGAAAAGACUUUACAACGAAGCUGAGUUAUUGUAUUAUAUAGA